GAUGUAAGAGCUGCUGCCCUGCACCAAAAUCGCUUGCUAUGAUGUCAUCAUGCCAUGAGGGGGCAGCGUGGCAUCAUGAUUGCAGUGCCAUGAGGUCAUCACACUCUAAGAGUGGGAGCAGUGUGACAUCAUGGCUGCUGUGCUAUGAGGUCAUUAUGCCAGUAACAAGGCAGUGUGACAUCAUGGCUGCCGUGCUGUCAGGUUAUCGUGCCAUGCGGUGGCGACGUGACAUCAUGGCUGCCAUGCUGUGAGAUCAUGCUAAGGGGUGGCAGUGUGACAUUGUGGGUAUCAUGCUGUCAUGGUGCUGUGUGGCAUUGGGCAACACGCUGUGACUUGGCAUUGCCCUGCUACUCCACAAGGGCUGCUCCUGCUGCCUCGCUCCUGCGGCUCCAGCGCCCGCUGCUCCGGGUGUUCAGCACGGAGACGGACCCAGCCGCAUCAGCAGAGCCAGUCGCCUUUGACACCGAAUCACGCUUUAAGGAGAAACCCUGGGAAUAUCUAGAGACGGAAGAGUACAUCGAGAGAUACGGCAACAAGCCCGUCUGGUUCGGCUAUCGGCGUAACCACAAGGGACCCAUCCCCCCUCAGAAGACCCGCAAGACCUGUAUUAGAGGAAAGAAGAUUGCGGGGAACCCCUGCCCCAUCUGCCGAGACCAGAAACUCCACGUGGACUACAGGAACGUGAAGCUCCUGGAGCAGUUCAUCUGCUCCCACACGGGUGUCACCUUCCAUCCCACACGCACAGGUGUCUGCAUGAAGCAGCAUAAACGCUUGACCCAGGCGAUUGACCAAGCUCGUGACCAUGGACUCGUGAGCUUCCACAUCCCCUUGGUGACGCUGCAGGGCAAGGACUACACCAACCAGCACCAGGCUGUGACCAAGACGCCCCCCGCCCCCUCCCUGCAGAGCCAGGCACCUUGGUACCCCUGGUACGAGUGGCAGCAGCCGCCCGAAAAGGACAUUGCCAGGAUCCGCAGGAUAUACAAGGACUAUCUGAAGGAGGAGACCGGCCCGGCAUGAGGGCCCAGGGCAGGACUGGAUGGAGUGUCCUGGGGCAUGGGGGACGGGCAGCUCCUGGCGGAGCUCAGGCCUUCGGCCUCACCUGAUGAGCUGGCCCUAGUCCCAAUCCCUGCAGGGAUAGCGCUGAAGCUGCCCAGCUCCCGGCCAUGACUUGUCCAAACCUUCCGUGGGGAAUAAACUGGAAGAUGCUG